GUGCUCUUGGUUCAUGCGAUAUCUAAAAUGCUGUCCUCUUUGAUCUUUCUCCCUGUGCUUGGAGGUUUCGCCAAUGCCGCAAACCUCUGGGCCACGCAUUACAGUGGAACGGCGAACUGGCUUACAUUCGAUGGCUCUUCCUUGAAGGUGACUACCCAAUCAAGCACGAACAAUCGAAUGCCCAGUUGGAUCACAUACGACAAAGCAAACAAGGCAUUGUACCUUCCAGACGAGAACUUCUACUCUAACAGCGGAACUUUGGUAUCUUUCUCUGUUGGAUCCAAUGGAGCAUUGACGCAGACUGGGAAAGCGACAACUCCGAAAUCCGCUGUUGCAACAGCCCUGUACGGUGGCUCGGAUGGCAAAGGGUUCAUCGUGAACGCUCACUAUGACGCUUCGACAUUGACCACCUUUAAGCUGCCCCUGGACAAUGGACAGCCGCUUCAGACACUGAAGUUCACCAUGGCAAACAAGGGACCAAAUUCUCGACAAGACGUCCCACACCCCCAUCACGCUUUCACGGAUCCAACAGGAGCAUUUCUUCUAGUUCCUGAUCUUGGAGCUGAUUUGAUCAGAAUCUUCUCGAUUGAAAAGAAUUCCGGAAAGCUCACCGAAUGUGGAGGUGGCAAAGCUCCAGCGGGUGCAGGCCCUAGGCACGGGACGUUCUGGUCGCCGGCUGGCAGCACUUCCCGUGCUCGACGUGCGGCUUCGAAUCAGAUGCUUUUCGUAGCCAAUGAACUAGGAAACUCUAUUUCUGGAUAUGCCGUCUCGUAUCCCUCUGGAGGCGGCUGCCUGGCUCUGGCCUUGAAACAAACUCUUAAUCCAUACCAGAAUGAUGGAGCGGCUCCCAAAGGAACCAAGGUUGCUGAAGUGAAGACCAAGGAUAACUUCGUGUAUAUUGCCAACCGAAACGACAAAAAGUAUGGUGCACAAGAAGAUUCCAUUACGCAGUAUACCAUUGCUACAGAUGGCACUCUAACAUGGACCGACGUCACCUCUGCGCGUAGCUGGUAUCCCCGAACGUUUGACAUCAACAAGGCCGGGGACUAUGUCGCUAUAGGAGGUCAAACAACGGCUAAUGUGGCCAUCGUAAAGAGAGACACAACGACAGGUAAGCUUGGUGCGCUCGUCGCCAACCUCAGAAUCGGUGCAACAGGUACGCCCGAGAAUGAGGAUGGCGUCAGCGCAGUUGUAUGGGAUGAGUAG